UUGAGCAAACAUCAAAACCUUCACAGAAAAUAGCCUGUUUCCGUUUUUUGUUGUUGUCGGUUCGGUGUGUGCGCCCCAAAAGGGCGUUAAGGAUUGCGUGAUAUAGAAAGAAACGGGAACGGUCGGGGGAGCCGAUGAAAGACGCUCCUCGAGUAUCCUGCUGUGACUGCCCGCGGCGUACUUGAGUUCGGAACAUGGAAGAAGUCAGUGAUAUUGUGUGCUGAUAGAUGAUAAUUGGAAUAAACGAUGUGAUGGAAAGAGAGUGAUUUUAGAUAGGCAUAUGCUGAGUUGUUAUUGUUGUGAGAAUCGGAAAUCCAAAUUGAACGGAAGGAAGGCACGCGAACGGAAACAAGUUCAAACGAUUAUCGACUCAAAGAUUGUUGCAACUCCAGACAGGACCUGAGGCCAGUAUAAGCAGCUAAGCCGAUUACGGUGUCUGUCACAUGCGGGAGCAGCAGCUGCUGGAGGUGUCGCACGUCAUCUUUUCCGGACGAGCAGUAUCCUACCGGAAGAAAAAUCACCGCAGUCAGUCAGAUCCAAACACCCCUGAUGAUGGCUGCAACACAAUUAGACAAGAAUUCAACUCAGCGUAGCUCUCAAUUACGGUGAAACCUAUUAUCAUCAGCGUGCCAUCAUCAUUAGAAUGAAGCAAUGCCCGAAGAUCCGCUCCUGAAAGACCAACGAACACUUUGUUGUGGUGAAAAUUUCGCAUCCUCCCGUAGAACACUGAAAGCACCAUCUGCUGGCAGCCACCGACGACGUUCGGUUUAUACAUUUCCAAUGCAAUUUGAAAUUGCUUUCCGCCGAAAAUACCCCUAUCUGGCCACGUGACUGUGCUGGGAAAGUGAAGAUAUAAAAAAAAUAACAAUACGAUAAAUGGAAGUGCCAUUCGGAGAAGAAGCCAAAUGUGCAUAAUAGUCAGUAAUCGUAGCAGGAGAAGCCAAUGGUCUUGUUGUGUGAAACAGUGAAUCGUACCUCAUGCACAUGGUGCAGUGAAUGAGUAAGCGGGAAAGCAUUAUAAUAUCACAAAGUGGCGCUAGAAAUAGUAAAAGUGAAACCUGGAACCGAGCAGUGCCGAAACGGAGCAUAGAAAUGGGACACAUAAAUUUUGUGGAGCUCAAGCUUUUGUUGAAUAUAUUGUUUGUGGCCAUACUGGUGAAUGGACAUGGAUCACAAACGGAGACACAGCCGGAGUUUUUGGCUCCAUUGGACAAUCUUACGGUGACACAGGGACGAGAUGUGUCUUUUACUUGCGUGGUCAACAAUCUCGGACAAUAUAGGGUAGCAUGGAUAAAAUCCGACACGAAAGCGAUUCUGGCCAUCCACACCCACAUGGUGGCCCUGAAUCAGAGGCUGUCGGUCACGCACAACGGACACAAUACCUGGAAGCUGCACAUCUCGCACGUUCAGCUCAACGAUUCAGGAAGUUACAUGUGCCAAGUCAACACGGACCCGAUGCGGCAUCAGUCCGGAAACCUCGAGGUUGUUGUCCCACCGGACAUCCUCAACACCAACGAUCCGAACAGUGCCUCACUAGAGGAAGGCGUUGCCAACGAGGGUGGCAACAUUCAACUUUUGUGCCAAGCGGUUGGAGUGCCGCUUCCGAAUGUGCAGUGGCGCCGAGAGGGCGGUAAGGACAUCGUGGUGCGGACCGAAGGCCGAGAGAAACAAGUUGUGAAGUUCGUCGAAGGCGAACGGUUGAUGCUGAACCAGGUGCAACGAACCGACAUGGGUGGCUAUCUGUGCAUUGCUUCGAAUGGGAUUCCACCCUCCGUUAGUAAACGAUACGACGUGCAAGUGAACUUUCCACCCAGUGUCAAGGCGGGCAAUCAGUUGGUAGCCGCCCCGGUCGAAAGUCACGUCAUGCUCCAGUGCAUCGUGGAAGCUUUCCCAACGCCCCUCAACGGGUGGUACAAAAAUGACGGUAUCAAGCUGUAUCAAGGGGAAAAGUAUGUGAUCGACGAGGAGAAAAUCAAUGCGUUCACCUGGCAGCUCAACCUUACGAUAAAGCAUCUGCAGAAGACGGACUUCGCUCCGUACGUUUGUUCAAGCAUCAACGCCUUGGGAAAGGCCGAUGCACGGAUUCGGUUGCAAGAGCUGCGAUUGCCGCCGAAACCGACCACAACUCCGACGCCGUACGUGCCGCCGACACCGAAGCAGCCCCGCCGGAAGCAGCAUCAUCAGAGCCACGGCAAAGGAAGCCACGAUGGCAACGGAAAGGGCGCUGGCCUCGGCAACGGUUUCAACCGGGACAGCUACAUCAUCAAUCACAUCCAGGAGAACGAUAUGCUCGGAGGGUUCGCCUCGGAAGUGCCACCGAAGGGAGCCUAUGGAACCGGCGUGGGAUACGGUUCCGGUGCCGGCGGAAUGUACGGCCCGGGAUCCAACCUCGGCACCGGUCCGGGUGGCAACAGCCUGGAAAAAGUGCGCAACACUCAGAUGCCAGCGUCGAUUCCCUCGCGGCAACCGCCCCACUGGAUACUGAACAGCAACGGGGCCGCACUGAGUACACGGGCGGGGUCGACCACGCUGCUGGUGGCACUCGCUAUGAUCCUUCCCCGGUGGUCGAUCCCCCGGCGGUGGUGGAGCGGGGUGUCGCUGGUGACGGGCCUCGCGAGCAGUUGUUGUUCGCUGAUGAUUUAUAGUCUGUUGAUGUUGCUGACAUUUACAUGAAAUUAUGUCUACUGCUGUUGGGUGUUAUCAUUACUGUUAGGAUG